CUCCACCGGUUACAGAAACAAGAAGGUUGCAGAUAACAACGUUUUGCCGAGAAGCUACCAUCUACAAAACCAGACUGUAAUCAUGUUGGGACAAGCUGUGAGGCGAUUCACAACGUCUGCUGUUCGUUCUUCACACUAUGCAGAAGGACCAGGCAAUAACCUGCCAUUUUCUGUGGACAACAAGUGGCGUCUGCUCGGCAUGAUGGUGCUGUACUUCGGAAGUGGCUUUGCAUUCCCCUUCAUUGUCGUCAGACAUCAGAUCCUGAAGAAGUAAAAUGGACCCGUGCUAUUCCUCAGCCUUCAAGGCUGCCGGCUGGGACACAUUUAUCCAUCAGUGUAAUCCAUGCAGAGGAAUGGGAAUCUCUUAAUUUUCUUUGUAAAUAAAGUUACUCAAAUAAAUUAUA